AUGGGCCGGCUUUACUUCCAAAGCGACCAGGUGCCCCGCAGCAUUCUCUCCACUGGCCGAGUGGGCACGAAUCGAGACCUCCUGGGAUCCGAUGGAGAGUUCUUCGGGACGGACCCUGUUGCACUGGAGGUUCCGAUCGAGAAUGGGAGAGACCAGCUCUUGAACUUGGAUGACAACGGGUUCUGCUUGCGCCGCCACGAGUGGGCACACAUCGACUACUACGACAAUGAGAUGGUCAUCGACAAGUACUACGCUGAAUGUGAGGACAUCGUGCGCAAAACGACAGGUGCAUCAAAAGCCUUGGCUUUCGAUCACAAUAUUCGUGCCAAGCAACGAAAGCAGGCCGGUGAUCGGCUUCGAGGCGGCAGUGCAGUGCAGGAGCCCCUGGUCUCCUACGGCAUCCACAACGAUUACACAGUCACCUCAGCAGAGCAGCGCAUUCGUCAGCUGGCAAAGCCCCCGAGCCAAAAUGAUACGCGGCGCAAUGCAGAUGGAUCAAGCUUGCUGGGUGCCGCAGAGGUGGACACUCUGCUGCAGAAACGGUGGCUGUUUGUCAACGUUUGGCGGAACAUUGCAGAGACACCGGUGGAGAGUUUCCCCUUGGCUGCGUGCGACGCGCAGUCCACAGCGCUUGACGACUUGAUCGUCUUUGAGAUCAGAUACGCAGAUCGCACAGGUGAGAACUACUUCGCGAGAUACUCCAAGCAGCAACGCUGGUUCUACUUCCCAAGGAUGGAGAAGGACGAGGUAAUGCUGCUCAAGUGCUGGGACUCCCGAGGCAGGGACUUCAAGCCGAAAGGCGCGGAGGGCGGGGAGGUGCCGGCCACUUUCUCCCUGCACGGCUCCUUCGAAGAGGUGGCGAGCUUGCAUGAUGCCAAAGACCGCGAGAGCAUCGAGGUGCGCUUGGUAGCCUUCUUCGAGUGA